GUCACAAAAACAUUCGCACUGAACUCGAAAGUGCUCGGCCUAAUGAUUUAUCUACAGCAAUAAAGAGACAUCGCGAAUGGGAUAAAAAUAUUAUUUCAUAUAAACUUGAUCAAUCACCUGCUGUAAUAUCAUUUCUUGAAGUUGAGCAUUGA